AUGGCGAUGCUGAUGAUGAAGAAGACGAGGAUGGUACCCUUCCUGACGUGCUGGCUGCUGGUAAUCUCUCAGGUACAUACGGAUCAAGACAUCGGAGAUAGCUUGUCCUGGUCGGAGGAGGAAGUUGCUGUGGUCGAGAGUUGUCGUCAGGAAGCAGCGAGCUUAGAGGAGAGGAUGCGCAUCGCUGACUCCUUCACGCACCAAGGAAAUCAGCUUUCUGCACAGGGAAUGCACCAUCACGCCGUCCUCAAGUGGGAGAUCGCAACGACGUGUGACAACCGGUCCAACGUUCCUUGGAACAACAUGGCCAACUCCUUCUUUGCCAUGGGUAACCUGUCGGCUGCGACGGCAGCGGCUGAGAUCUCAUUCUCCAUCAAGGCCGACCACAUGUCAUCAACCACGCUGGGCAACGCUUACAGGGCUCACAAGAUGUAUGAGCGAGCAGAGAAGACGUUUCUUGCCGGGAUCAAGUACUGCCUGGACAACAAGGACAGGCACGAGCAUCCCUUCUGGUCGCUUGCGAUGCUCUACUGGGACCAAGGAGACUACAUCGAGUUCUUGAAGUACUCAAAGCUGGGAUUGGAUCACUUGUCUCGACCCGAAUGCGUUGAGACCGCAGAGGAGCAGGUACCAUGCCAUAUCCCCGACUUCGAGAUAGACCUCAUGACGCGGGUGUACGAGGCGUCGGUGGACUUGGGGAAGUUCCUGGCGUCGCAUGGCAGGUACCAGGAGGCCGAAACGAACUUGGAAUGGGCUGAGUACGUGGCUGAGACGUAUCCUGCCGAGCGACUUGACGUGCAGCUGGUCAGGAAGCACCUGACCUGCCUCAAGUGUGCAGCCGACAACACCCAGCAUCGCAGCCCUUGUGACAGUGACCUGGACGCCUGCAGGGCGAGCUGGAGAGACACCAACGGUCGGUACCUGCGCAUGAUGGCAGUGAGAGCGAUGGGAUGCGAGUGGCGGCACAGAGAGGAGGAUGUGAGGGACCUGGAAAGGAUCAUGAUGUCUCCCAACAUGACUGCCCUCCUCAACCAUACCACCGAGUUCUACUUCGAGUGCGAGAAGGGGAGGGUGUGCGGAGCUGGGGCCCAGCCUCCUCUGCACAUGUGGGGGCUCCCGAUGUCCCUCGAGUCCGUCCUCGUCAUGGGCAAGGUCCAGCCGCUGCAGCUGGUCGACAGGAUGCUCGUCGAUGGCCCCCCCCCGCAGUGGGCGUACCCGACGUGGAACCCGAGCAUCGGGACUGUGCUGAGGAUCGGCCUCUUGUCCAGCGACCUCCUGCGCGACCAUCCUGUGGGGAACAUGAUGCGCCACGUGCUGCACCUGCACGACCUGUCCAGGAUGGACGUCACCGUCUUUCUCGUCCACGAGUCGCAGCGGUACGCGGCGAGCAGGGUGGAGAACGAGCACGUGCUGGGGGAGGUCAAGUUCCGCAUGAUAGGGCGGGGCCCCCAUGUCACGCGCUUCUUCGACGCGCAGGAGUCGGUGGAAGGAGCAGACAUUGUCAACUCAGCCGGGAUCUGCAUCCUCUUCGACCUUAUCGGCUACACAGCCGAUCACCGUCAGGAUAUCUUCGCUCUCCGCCCUGCCCCCGUGCAGGUGCACUACCAUGGCUACAUGGGGAGCACGGGAGCUCCCUGGAUCCAGUCGUACGUGGCGGACAGAUGGAUUGCGCCUCCCGAGCAUGCAAACUUCUUCAGCGAGAAGCUUGCUCUCAUGCCCGAGUGCUUCCUGGGCCCUUCCCAUCGGCUCUCCUUCCAGUUCGCUGGCAACGAGGAGAGAGACUUCAGUGAGAAACUGCACACUGAGUUGCGGAAGGAGGAAGGACUUCCCCCCGAGGGCCCAGUGAUAUGCUACUUCAACCAGCAUUUCAAGCUGGACCCUCCAACCUUCAAGAUCUGGACGGAUGCGAUCCAGAAGCUAGUAUCCUUCAACUCCUCCGCUCAUCCAACCCUGUGGCUCCUCCAGGGGUCGCCGAUCUCGCAUCGGAACCUGAAGCGAGAAUUUCAAUCGGCAGGCCUGCCCGGGGAAAAUCUGGUGAUAGCAAAAAGAGUCCUGGUCAAGACGCACAUUCGCCGCGCGAGCCUCUGCGAUCUUGCUGUCGACACUCCCAUGUACAACUCAGGUGCCACAGGAGCAGACACCCUCUACGCUGCUGUUCCUCUCCUCCACAUCCCAGGCCUCAAGGUACCCUUCCUGCUGGUGCCGGUGCUGGUGCUGGUGCUGGUGCUGGUGCUCCUCCUCCCCUCCAUCCCCCCCUCAACCUCCUAUGCCUAA